UUAAAGCACAUUUUACAGAUAGGACAAAACUUAUGCCAGCCAGACCCUGUACAGAACACUACACCACAGUGUGCAUAAAUAAUAAACUAUAGUACACAACAGUCAACACAGCAGAUCCCGCCUCUCUUUGACGCUGUGAUAAUGUGCGUUUGAAACAAUAAUGAUUUAUAGGUAGCAUCUCUUUUUAUUGUUGUCAUUUAUGGCGCGUUACUUACAAAUACUCAAGUCGCCUUUGAACAUUUGAAUGCCAAUUUAUUGAAUUAUAUUUUUUUAAAGCAAGGGGCGCGCUAGUUCUCAUUUAAGAUUAGUUUGAAUGAGAAAAAAGGCUGGGCGAAAUGGAUGCAGACAUGAACAUUGUAGAGACAGCAUUAAGAAAAAUGACCCAGCCACUGAGAACAGAGAGCAAAUCCAGCAUCGAGCAGCUGCUGGAUAAUCUUCGAAUCACCACAAGGCAUUGCCUGCAAACUGGGCAGGAGCAUGUUGAUGGUCUGCUGGAUGUUAAAAAUAUAGCAGAGCACGUGAAAACCAUUGGCAGUUUCAAUAAUCGUCUGGAAGAAUUUCAGAAAGCUAAGUAUGAAAAUGACAUCAACAAGGCGAGAACGACUGAGAAGCUGAAUGGUUUAAGAGCAGAGGAGGAUGACCUGAAGAAGCAGCUGAGGGCGACUCAGCGGGACUGUGAGAAGCAGCUGAAGAUAGUCGAAAAACGGCUUGAAAGUGAAAGGGCGGCAUUCUCUGCGUACCUGCUUCUCUGCGGCCACGUGCGUCUGGGCACCGCUGUGGAGGCGGGCGACGAGCUGCGCGGCUGCGUCUCGGUGCAGCCCAGCGACCAGGUGACGUUCAGUCUGGACACGGCCGCUCUGCCGGCCGUCCGGCUGACCAACCGGCUGUGGACGCUGGCCGCCGAGGGAGUCGCCGACGGCACGCCAGGAGGAGCCGCCGACGGCACGCCAGAGGGAGUCGCCGACGGUACACCAGAGGGAGCGGCCGACGGUACGCCAGAGGGAGUCGCCGACGGUACGUCAGAGGGAGCCGCCGACGGAGGUGAAAAGUCCGCAGAUGGAGCCGCCGAUCCCGGCUCCAAGCCCGCAGAGGGAGCCGCCGACACCGGCUCCAAGCCCGCAGAGGGAGCGGCCGACUCAGGCGGUAAGCCCGCUGAGAAACAGCCCAGGGCACCAGACAGGGAGGUGAAUGGUGAGGGCGAGGCGGCUAGGGACGGCGAGGAACACAUUGAUAACGAGAGGCGUAGUGUGGCGCAGAGCGUUGAGGCUCGCAGUCUCAAGAGAUGAAGUGUACUGCCUGAUGUAGCACAAAGAGGGGUGGGAACCUUUGUGGGUGGGUUUACCGACGCGGUGGGCAGGCGGAGUGAAUUCUGGGGAGCAGAUCUAACCAACAGCUUGUAUGGACAUUUUGCCGGAAAUGACCGUAGUAUAGAAUAAGAUAAGGCCCAGAUAACUUAUACGAUGUUCAGAUGUGGGCCAAAGAUGCGUUUUAUUGAGCAAGGUUUGGAACCCUCAUUUGUUUUUCACUGACAGUACGCUGGCAAGUGUCCGGCGAGGCUAGCUUUAUGUUUUUUCCUCAUAUAGAUGUUACCAAGCUGUGUUGUUCGGCAUUCCCUGAUUCAGCAGCUUUUGUCGCAUGCGCUGCUCAAAGUGCACAGUCAUAGGAUUUGGGCACCACUGCCAGUUUUUUUCCGUUUCCUUAAUAUGUUUGCGAGUUGAGGACUGAAGUUAUAUUUCAACAUCUUUCGCGGCACACCGAGAAAGCACAACCAUUUUCGUUCAGCCCAUGCUUAAAUGAAACGAUCGUUCUGCAUCGCUACGCUCCACCUUACUAUGUAGUUGUAAAAGCAUAGCAUCAUCAUAAUUGAUAAUAAUGGUAGCAAUGUGCACUGUGCAGAGAUAAGCAGUUGCCUUCAUAUUUGUGGAAUGCUGUUCAUUAAUCAUCAUAUCUCAUCUUCACGCAUUUUCAUCCAUGUAUAAACAUAUGCUUAUUACUUACAUUUUAGAAUAGCGAAUCUGAACUGCAUUAUGAACAUGUUGCGAUGUGUGCAUGAGCAAGAUAUAGGUUCAAACGACUAAAUACCGCAAGCUCCUUGGCCCGUUUUGUGGCAGCAAUUCUUGAAUUUAUGAAUACAUUAUAACGCUACACAUA